AUGGAUCUUGCCACUGAUGCUGAUAUCGAACCCUUGAGAGCAAAGGCUCUAGGGUAUGGUGUCAUAAGAUUAUACCGACAAAACGAAAACAUUAAUAAGGAUACUGGCGAUGAUGAUAUUUUUAAAAAAUUGAAUGAAAUCAGUGGCGAUGGAACAAUAAUUGCGAUUGUUGCUGUACCGAGCUAUUUUACUGCCACUGAUUUGUUGGGAUUUGUUGGGGAAACUGCAAGAGAAAAUGUAUCACAUUUUCGAUUUAUUAAAUCGCAUACCCCAAAUCGAUUUAUGGUAUUGAUGAAAUUCAGAACAAAGAAAAAUGCUUUGCUUUUUCAAGAUAAUUACAAUGGCAGAAAAUUCAAUUCAAUGGAACCGGAGACUUGCCAUGUUAUAUUUGUUAAAUCGAUUUUAUUUAGAACAGAUAAUGAUCAUAGAGUUGAAAACCAGUCCAAUUCAAUUCCUUACCUAUUAGAUGAUCCAUUUAUGUCAAACCCAAAGAAUUCUCAAUCUCAUUCCCAGUCUCAAUUGACAGUAAAACCUCUACCGCCUCCAACUCCCAAAUUGAUAGAAUUGCCAACUUGCCCUGUAUGUUUAGAAAGGAUGGACUCCAGCAUCUCAGGCUUAUUAACAAUUCCAUGCCAACAUACUUUUCAUUGCCAAUGUCUAAGCAAAUGGAAAGACGACACCUGCCCAAUUUGUAGAUACACUUCAUUGAAGUAUAGAAAAUUUGAUUUUAACUCAAAUAAUAUUAACAAUUUCAAUACUAAUGAGCAUACUGAAGAUAAAUGUUUCUUUUGUGGAAUUCAACAAAAUUUAUGGAUCUGUUUAAUAUGUGGUAAUAUAGGAUGUGGGCGUUACGAUUCAGGCCAUGCUAUUGAGCAUUUCAAAGAGACUGGACACUGUUUUUCAAUGGACAUAAACAGUCAAAGAGUUUGGGAUUAUGCUGGCGAUAAUUAUGUUCACAGACUAUUAACUAAUGAAGCUGAUGGAAAAUUGGUAGAAUUGUCCUCGAGAAAUGACUGUUCGUUCAAUGCAAACUCUGAGAAAAAUGCCAAUGGAUCCAAUGACUCUAAAGUUGAAAACAUGAAUCUUGAAUAUACCCAUAUUUUGGUCUCGCAGCUAGAAAGUCAACGAGAGUAUUUCGAAGACAAAAUCAGCCAAUUUGUCGAUAAAAAUCAAAAACUAUCAGACGAAAACGAGCAGUUAGAGAAAUCUCUAAGCAAACUAGAGGCCUCCAUAAAAACGAUCAAGGAGGAGUCGUUGUCUGCAAUAGAGAGCAAAAUGGACAAGUAUUCAAAGUUGCUAACCAAAAACUUUGAAAAGUACAACGAGUUGAACAAGAGAUACCAGGAGGAAAAGUCGAUGGGAGAAGGGUUGUUUCGAAGAAUCCAAAAGUUGGAAGCUGACAAGAAGAAGCUUGCCGACGAGAAGAUGGAGCUCCAGACAAGCAACGAGGACUUGGGUGAGCAGGUCAAGGACUUGAUGUUCUACUUGGAGAGCCAGGACAAGUUUCGCGACGCGGCCGAGGACGUGAAGGAGGGAACCGUUGUCCUCCAGCCGCCGGCAAAGAAGCACCGGUCCCGCAACAAAAAGAAGCGCUAG